AUGCUUUUUCGGCCCAAAACUGAGGUGGCAGUAGCUCAGAUCCCUGGAUCUCCAACACCAGUGCCUUCACCUGCACCUGCCCCAGCACCUGCUCCUCCAACAAAGGAGGACAAAAAAGAAGAGAAAAGGGGGGGAAAGCCCACCGAAUCAGCUCCUGCUCCAGAGCCCCCUAAACCAGAAGGCAAACCAGCGGAUCCAGCCGUUCCCGGAGCAGCAGCUGUAGAGGGUGAGGAUGCACCAUCAACACCAAAUCCACCCAUCGUCAUCAAAAGAUACUGUGACGACCAGCUGCGAGACAUCGUGAAGAAACUACGGGAGAGGACCGAGCUUUUUAAGGAGAAAGUCAUAGACCCCUACUCCUCGUCCCCAGAGCGUAGCCCACCAAUCACACCAGUUUACCGAAAGGAAGACUGGAUCAGAAAGCAGGAAGCGGAGAGAAUAAAACGAGAAGAUGCCGAGCAGAAGAAAAAAGAGGAGGAUGCUUAGAAAGCAGUGGCGAAGAAAGAAAAAGAGGAGAAAGAAGAGAAAGAAGAGAAAGAGGAAAAGCUGAAAGCCGAGAAGGAGGCGGCUUAAGCCAUCUGCCCAAAAAUCAAAUGCACGUGCAUAGACACACUUCUCAAACCUUUCGAAGACAUGAUGGACGCAUAUUUGGGGACAACCAUUGACCCUUUCACAGAUUGGCGGUAUAUUAAAUGGCUGAGUGUCGUGACAAUCGCUUAUAACUACAAUGUUUGGCUGGCCACAGCACGUUUGUGUUUCCCGUACCACACGCCUGUGACCAUCCCCUUCUGGAUCUUUUUUGACAUCCUGGCAGACCUUGUGAAUAUCAUAGAUAUCACCAUGUUUCAGCCGCGCUUGCAGUUUGUGAAAGCAGGAGACAUCAUAAAAGACAGAAUAAUGGCAAAACGGAGGUACAGGGAAUCUGCCAGAUUUCAGACAGACCUGAUAAGCAUCAUACCAUUUGAUUUGCUGUGUUUCCACUUUGGGUUUACAUCGAUCUUUAGGAUAAACCGGUUUAUGCGGUAUAAAUCAUUUUUUGAGUUCAGCGAUCGUCUGGAAAGCGUCAUGGCUAAGGCGUAUAUCUGGAGAGUUUGCCGCACUACUGGAUAUCUGCUCUUCUGUCUCCAUUUAAACUCCUGCCUUUACUAUGUAGCAUCAGAAUACGAAGGGCUUGGCAGCACAAAAUGGACAUAUGAUGGAAAAGGAAAUGCGUAUCUCCGCUGUUAUUAUUUUGCGACUCGCACGCUGAUCACUAUCGGAGGUCUCCCCGAGCCCCAUACGCUCUUUGAGAUCGUCUUCCAGCUGGUCAACUUCUUCACAGGAGUCUUCGUCUUCUCUAGCUUGAUUGGACAGAUGAGAGAUGUCAUUGGAGCAGCUACGGCAGGACAGACCUACUUCCGCGCCUCUAUGGAUGCCUGUGUGGCGUAUAUGAACACCUACACCAUCCCAAAGCUGGUGCAGAACAGAGUACGCACCUGGUACAACUACACUUGGGACUCCCAGGGCAUGCUGGAUGAAUCAGAGUUAUUAGAAAAGAUGCCUCUGGUGAUGAGAACAGCCAUCGCUGUGGACAUCAACCUCACCACCUUCCAGAAGAUUGACCUCUUCAAGGGCUGUGACAGCCAGAUGCUUGUGGACAUGUUACUGCGUCUGAAAUCCAUUGUGUACUUGCCAGGAGACUUUGUGUGUAAGAAGGGUGACAUUGGGAGAGAAAUGUAUAUUAUUAAAGCCGGAGAGGUGCAGGUCAUCGGUGGACCGGACAAUAAGAUUGUGUUUGUGACUCUGAAAGCAGGCUGUGUGUUCGGAGAGAUCAGUCUUUUACAGUCUGCAAAAGAUGGAGGCAACAGAAGAACAGCAAAUGUUGCUGCUCACGGAUUCGCCAACCUUUUCGUACUGGAUAAGAAAGAUCUCAAUGACAUCCUGGUCCAUUACCCUGAGUCUCAGAAAGUGCUGGCCAGGAAGGGACGGAAACUGAUGAAGGCCAAAGGCAAAGCUGCUCCUGUCAAAGAUGAAGGAGAAAAGAAGAAGGGAUUGGCAAUGUUCGGACAAAAACCACCCACUCCGAAAAUGUUACGUGCGUUUGGAGGCUUCGGGAAAGGAGGAUUACUGGAGAAACUCAGGGCUCAAGCAGCAGAAAAAAAGAAUUGAAAAUCCAUCCAUCCAUCCCAACUACCUAAAACAUCCAUUAAUCCAUUCACACAUUUAUCAAUUACAGUACAUCCAUCAAUCCAUUACAUCAUCCAUCUAUGAUAGAUAGAUAGAUAGAUAGAUAGAUAGAUAGAUAGAUAGAUAGAUAGAUA